GAAGAAUCCGCAGGAAACAGGUGGCGCCUUUAGUUCAUGAAAAGAUGGAAGUAUUUCUCUACAAUUCCAAUGUUUGUCGAUUAUGUGGAGAAGAAAAUGAUAAUGGGACGCUAUUAUAUUCCAAUGAAGAAAAUAAUCAAAACUUAUUUAAAGUCAUUAAUACGUAUUUGCCAAUCAAGGUAUCUGAUGAUGGGCAACUACCACGUACUAUAUGUCCAGGAUGCACCAUACAGCUAGAGGCCACUGUAGAGUUCCUAAAUCUUAUUAUAAAUGGACAAAAAGUUAUUAGAGAGCUCCACAGUAGAGAGAAAGAAUACAAAAGAAGUUUAUUACUUCCUCCAAAUGAACAGGAUAUUAUAACAGAUAAGAUUAUUUAUGAAGUAAAUACCAGUGAUGGUGUGUAUCACGUAGAACACCCAAUAGCCUUACAAGUCGCUGGACUUGAUAAACCUAAACGAAAACGAGGUAGACCUCCAAAAAGGCCUAAAACCGCUGAAGAAUUAGCAAGAGAAGCAGCUGCAAAGGAACAUGAGGCUAAAAAUGCAAAGAGAACUGAGAAAGAAGAUGAACCAUUUGGUAAAAGACGAAGGAAAACUCCUACAAGGUUCAAGGAGGCUGUUCAGGGUAAAGAACUGGAGAGGAUUUUCAAAGAAGAAGGAGUCACUGAUGGGGAGGAAAGUGAAAUGGAGAACCUCAAGGCCCAGCUUAUAGAUAAGAAGCCGCCAGGACCAAGGGAAUCAGAAGUCAUUGGUCAUUUGGAGGAAUCCGGAGAGCUUGUUGUAGUAGUCAAAGGCAAGGGACGUGGAAGACCUAAAGGACCAAUGAUCCCAACACGAAAAGAAUGCGCCAUUUGUGGUAUGGAGUUCACAUGUACUGGUCGGUACAUGUCUCACAUAGCCCAGCACGGACCAGUCCUGUACCAAUGCGAGCAGUGUUCUGAGACAUUCACCACAAGGCUACAUUUCAACAUCCAUCAGGAUGAAGUCGGACACACCGGCCAUAAUAUUAUACCUUGUAAGAAAAACCCAGAAAGAAGUAGGAAUAAGAAGAAUGUAAAAGCUCAAUUGGAAACAGUGUCAAUAGAAGUGGAUCCCCUUUCAAUUCCUAAUACAACGCCAGUACAAACGAUAGAUAAUAUGAUAAUACCAGUAGCUAAUUCCUUGCCGGAUCUAAAUCCGCAGCUUAUUGUAGCAGACAAUGAAGUUAGUGCCAGUGACUCCCAGAGGACUGAAAGCCCUAACAUUGAAAUAGUAUCUAGUCCUAUUGCUAAUAGUGAUGUAAAAGUAGUUGAUUCAGGUACAGAUGUAACUGUGACAGAAAAGUCUGAUGAAGUAGACCAAGUAGUAACAACUCCUUCCGGUAAACCAAGACUGAAGUGUCCGCAUUGUGAUAAAACAUUUAGUAGUAAACAAAGCAAGUCUUUACAUAUUAAGGCGACCCACAAGGGCGAGCGUCCGUACGUGUGUGGCGAGUGCGGCGCGCGGUUUGCGUACCCGCGCUCGCUGGCGCUGCACGCCGUCAGCCACCGCAGGCACAGGGCCACUCCUGCUAAGGGAUACGCCUGCGACCUCUGCGGGAAGGUGCUGAACCACCCGUCGUCCGUGGUGUACCACAAGGAGGCGGAGCACGCGGGGCAGCGCUACGUCUGCAACAAGUGCGGCAAGUGCUUCAAACACAAACAACUGCUGCAGCGGCACCAGCUCGUGCACUCGCAGGACCGGCCCUACCACUGCAAGUUAUGCAACUCAACAUUCAAGACUAAGGCGAACUUACUGAACCACUCCCUUCUACACAGUGGCGUCAAGAAGUUCUCCUGCGAAAUAUGCAAGCACAAGUUUGCACAUAAGGCUAGCCUCACGCUGCAUAUGAGGUGGCAUACUGAUAGUCACAUUGCAGGUCAGAAGCCGUUCGCGUGUAACAUCUGCGGCAAGAGUUUCAGUCAGAAGGGCAACCUGUCGGAACAUGAACGUAUCCACACUGGAGAGAAACCGUUCCAGUGCACGCAGUGUCCACGCAAGUUUACCACGUCCAGUCAGUACCGACUGCAUGUACGGAGGCAUAACUCUGAGAAGCCAUUCGUUUGCACACAUUGCGGUAAAAGAUUUGUAUCGCGCGGUUCCUGGGCGGCGCACGUGCGGCGCGAGGCGGGCGGCGCGGGCGCGCGGCUCCACCGCUGCGGGGAGUGCGGCCGCUCGUUCGCCGAGCGCUGGGCGCUGCACAAGCACGCGCGGCACCACACGGGCGAGCGCCCGCACCGCUGUCCGCACUGUCCGCGCGCCUUCGCCGACUGCUCCAACCUCAACAAGCACAAGAAGCAAGUGCACAAGCAGAUCAGUCUACUGGCGACCGCGAACCAACACCAGCUUCCUUCCCCUGUAACUCUGAAGGUGGAGUUACCAGACUCUCCGCCAAUGCAACUAGAGACUGAACACACUGUGCCACUCCCUGGCGCUGCCCCCGUCAAAAUGUUAGAAGAAACCGCAGAGGACGAGCUGGAGGAACGAGUUAUUUAUGUUACGUACGACGUCGAGGGCGGUAACUCACCCGCGUUCCAUAUACUCGACCCAGAACAAGCAGCAUCUCUAGAAGAUAGUAAAGUGUUAACAACGUGCGAGCUAUACCCCGGUCCGUCGCUGCUGGUCCCGCAGCCUGAGUACGAGGAACUGGAGCUCGAGCACGAGCAACUAGAGCUGGAACCCGAGCAGGAGGAACUCGAGCAACUGCCUGAGGAACUUGUGAUGGAUGGACAUGAACAUAAUAUACCUGUAACAGAUGAGCAGGGCAACCCACUCCACUUCACCAUGCAGGACGGUACGCGACUGGCGAUUACGUCAGCCGAUGGGAAAUCGUUGCAGGUGAUAACUCAAGAUGGACAGACCAUACCAGUUGAAAUAAAUGGAUUUGCUGAUGAAGAGGAGGUGGAUAAUCCAGACACGAUAGUUCAUCAGCUGAACCUUCAGAAAAGCAUCGAUUCCAACGUCUCGUCGCCGGUCACACAUUACUUUACAAUCGUUUAAUUACUACUCUGUGCCUUUAACCAAACGCCACAUUAGUGCUUGUCUACCAGAAAGAGUAGAAAACUAAAUGUAUGGGAAUGACAUUGACAAGUGUCAAAAUUUACGUCAAUCCCAUAUAAUUUAGUUUUCUAUUCUAGAUGUAGACAAGCGCUAAACAUUUGGCUACAGCUGCUGUUUACGUUUCAAUUGCGCUAACGGAAAUAUGAUUGACAUUAUAUGGUAAGUUCAGGCUUACCAUAAUAGAAGGAUAAUAGAAGUUUAUCCGAUUACCAAUAUUUCCAAAAUAUCCCAUAGGUAUAUUAUUAUGUCGUAAACAGAAAGUAUUAUUGUUUUGCACACACAGAUUGCAAACGAACAUUUUUUUAUAAAAUAUAGUUUAUAAUGUAUACAAUAUUAAGCUGUAGCGAUCUCGCUACAGUAGUUACCAUAUUUUAAUAAAUUGCCAUUUUGCCACAGUUUUGUGUCACUAUUUCAGGGUAUAACAAUGAUAUAUUGACUUAGAAUGUAGUGGGCUCAGCUCUAAUUAACCAAUUACAAUGUGUGUAUAGACGAUAGAUGAUGACGGUAUACUUUAUGACUUCAAGAUAUUACUAGGUAUAAUUUGAUACUUAAAGAUCACAUUGUAAUAUCUGAUUUGACUUCAAACAUCGUAUUUGUCUGAUUGUUUUUAAUUCUAUAUUUAAUUAAUUAAUAAUAUUGAAGAUUUCAACGGGUCACUGAUUAUUAUUAUUGAUUUUAU